UCUAUUGGUUCCUGUCAACAGCCAACAAAAUGCGAAACAAGUUUACAACAGCUUCAAACACAGUCAAGAUCAAGGGAGUCGACUUCUUAUGACGCGAGCUGGGCUCCUGUUCAAAAGGAAGUUAAUGUAGAAAUAGAGAUUGACCAGCCGAGCUUGCCCGACGCUGACGUCCACCAAAAUAUUUCAUCUGAUUCUGCAACUGCCGAAAAUGAAAAACAACAAACAAUCUGUUCACAAGCAUCAGUUAUAGUGUCUGAAUCGAUUUUUCAUGGAUCUGAAACAGCUGAAACGGACGUGAACGAUCGUGAAUGUCGUAAAAUUGAUCUUGUACGCACAGAAACUGAAUUGCCACCAUUGCCAAACAGCACUGCCACCAUUCCCGAAUUGAUGCUUGAAGAUACUGAAAAUACAUGUUGUUAA